AUGGAGACACAAGAUGGCGAUCAGCAGGAGCAGCAGCCCCUCCUGACCCUCGCUCACAAGCUGUUUCUCCUCACGCACCCCGAUGUCGAGGACAUCGAGAAGGUCCGCCUCCGGGAGGAGGCGCUGACAUUCAUCAAGGCCGACGGUAAGAGCAUUGCUCCCCCAUUUUUGUCCAACUACAUGUCUUCGUCCUUGUUUUUUUAGCUUCAUGGCCUGAUUGGAUCAUAUCUUCUGCUCUCCAAGACAUGGCUUCGUUGUACGAGUCUCUGGCUGCGAAGUCGGUGCUGCCUUUGGAUGCGGAGGUCCUGGAGUCGAUGCGCAGGAGAAUCGACGAGGAGAUUAAGAAACUGGACGAAAAGUGAGUUAUCGCUCAGUUUGCGAACUUGUCGUCUAUUCUUUGCCCGGGGGUUCCGUAGAUCUGUGGUUGUGGAAAUAACAGUUUUUCAGAAACUGAGAUUAAAGAGGACGACAGAGUAAAACUUGAAUUGUCAUCCUCCACUGGAUAGGCUGAUCUGAACUUUCACUUAGUCGAACAGUUCGGGAAAAAAAUCGUUGCCUGAAUUUUCUUCCUGCCGUGUAGUUUUAUCUUGCGACUAAUAGAAAAGCCCUAGUUCCUCGAUUAUGUUAUUUCCAUUAAUGAGGUAUGAGGUUAUGCGUAAAUUAACUAUGACCUACCCUUUAGAUCACCUUCUUUGUUGAAUGCUAAUGACGUAUCAUGAUUACUGGGGUAUAUUUCCACUUUGGUAAUGUAACCAAUAGUGCAGGUUCCCGUUAAACAUAGGAGUACCGUCCUUUUCUGCUCAAACCGUCUCUAUGAAGUAUUCUCUUUGCAUAAGUUGAUGUCCUGUGCAGUGAGGUGUAACAAUAUGAGGAUUGUUGUCAUCGAUUUUUUCUUGAAAUUUAUGCAAUCAUUCUCCAGCUUGUGGAUUUAUUUCAUCAUGUUUCGUUUUUUUACAGUGUUUUUAUACACUCAUCUAUUUUUCCCAUGAAUGUAGCUGGCACACGAAAUAAAUGCAGUUGUAAUCCUGCAGAUAUCGACAGAUCGAACUGUUUUAGAGUCAUCUCUUAUUUCGCCUUUCAAACUUUAUAGAUCUCUUCCCUGUACGAUUAGUUGAUGGUUAGAUUCCUAAAGUUGUCUUUAUCUGUCCCUUUUAGCUAGGCUAUAGACAACAUUGGCGGCCCUGCUGAUGGUUGUUGUGGUCAUCCACCUAUUCACUCGCAUCUGUUGAAGCAAUGGGCGGGGUAGGAUAAGGGGUGCUCAAGUAUUGUCAGAACAUUGGGUCUUUAAGGGCGACUAAAUCUUGGGCAGUAAUGCACGUAAAGAACGCUAAGAUAUUAUUCAGUUUCAAAGAAGACGCUUAGGGGAUACGUUGUGGUAACUCACUUUAGUAGGGCUGUAGAAAUACCUCGAUGAGGAAAUAGGACGCUUGGUGCCCUGAUGACCCCGUAAGAGAGAACCAGGAAAAUGAGGGGAAUAUGUUAUCAAUAUAGCAUAUUUAAUGUUUUAUGACCUUUCAUGCAAAAGGACACCUUUUGAAAAAUGUACACUGGUCAUGCUAUGUUCCAUUUUCACUUAGUUAGGCCAUUCAUUUGUUUCUUCCAUUAUACAGGAUUGCUGAUGCUGAAGAGAACUUAGGUGAAAGUGAAGUCCGUGAAGCUCAUCUUGCAAAAUCUUUGUUUUUCAUUAAAAUUGGUGACAAGGUAUACCUAUCCUUCAUGCAAACUUCUUCUCAUAGUUCGCGUUUCCUUUGUAAUUUCUUAUCUGAGGAAUUCCUUCUGAUUGCAGGACAAGGCUCUGGAACAGCUCAAAGUAACAGAGAGUAAAACUGUUGCUGUGGGUCAGAAAAUGGACUUAGUGUUUUACUCACUGCAGCACGGUUUUUUUUACAUGGACUUUGACCUCAUCUCGAAAUGCAUUGACAAGGCUAAGAAGUAAGAUAAAAUUUCCUAACUGAUAAUCUUCAUCCUCCAGAUCAAGUACUUUAUACAUUCUUUCCAUGAAACUCAAAAUUUUUGAAUAACUGCCAGCUUAUUCGAGGAGGGCGGCGAUUGGGAAAGGAAGAAUCGAUUAAAAGUGUAUGAAGGGCUAUUCUGCUUGUCUACCAGAAAUUUUAAGAAAGCUGCAGAUCUGUUUUUGGAUUCCAUCUCUACCUUCACUACAUACGAGCUGUUUCCUUAUGAUACUUUCAUUUUCUAUACGGUUCUUGCAAGCGUCAUAUCACUUGAUAGAGUUUCCCUAAAACAGAAGGUACCCACUUUCUUUUUAUUUAUUUGUUUCAUUAUUUUUUGGUUAUAUAAUUUUUUGCUCAUCGCAUGGUAGGUAGUGGACGCUCCUGAGAUCCUGGCAGUGAUUGGCAAAAUUCCGCAUCUUGCUGAGUUUCUGAACUCCCUCCAUGGGUGCCAGUACAAGUCAUUCUUUUCAGCAUUCUGUAAGCGGUCAAUUUUUUGGGCAUUAUGUCGUUUCUUUCUUUCUUUUAAAGUGAAUAAUGCAGCGAACUCAUUGUUGCAAAUAUUUCUUACGUCAAGUAGUCAAGGGGUUGACUAGUUCUAUUGUUUAUCAUUUUUGAAACCUGACAGAGUUCCCGGAUCACACGAUUCGUUGUUGUUUCUUUGAGUGUUGUUCUCGACUGAUUUGUUAAUAUAGAGGAAAUUGAACAAUAUUAGUGCUAAGAACAGUUAGGGUUCGAAAAUUAAAGUCUUACCAGGCAACAAGAUGAACGGGAGUACCCUACCACAUCAUAAGCAGGUUGAGGUGUUUUCCACAUCAUAAGCAGCUGUUUUAAGUUCGACUUUCUGUACAAAGUAGUCUAUACAAUUACUUUCUAUUCUCUGAAUCUCUAUGGUCCUGAGAUGUUCCCCUCAAGGAAGAUGUAUCUGUCUGGCUUGAAGGCUAGUUUCUUGGGAUCCAUUAGAUAGGACUCGUAUAGUUGGUAAGUUUCUGAUACUCCUGCGGCAAUUAUGCGUCAAACUUAGGUAUCAGGCUUGGCCUUCUCACAACUCAUGCCAUAUCUCAUGAGUUGUUGUAGUCCUGUGUGCCCUGUGAACAAAAAUCUAGCUUGUUUCUGCAUUGACCUCACCACGGAUCCAUCAACUCACCUGCAUUGAUCCAUCUAUUUCAUGUACCAAGUCAAUGGUCGUUGACCUCUCAUUCGGAGAAACGCCAAGAACUCUUGCCACUUAGUCAGCGCAGCCUCCGUAAACACAGGAGUGGAAUGCAUUCACUUGCUCGAUCUCCAUUUCAGUUGUGACGAUUGAUUUCGAAAAUCUUCGAAUUUUAUAGUAUUUUUCUUAUAAUUCUCUCUCUCUCUCUCUCUCUCUCUCUCUCUCUCUCUCUCUCUCUGCUGUAGUUCACUAACAUGCCAUCUAAAGGUUGUAAUUUUUUGAGAUAUAUCAGCUCUCGGUUUCGAAUCCGUGAUUAGCUUUCUAAAUGUAGAAAGAGAAUGAUUCUCUCUCUUGACUUGUCUGUUCCUGCGGAAUGAUCUCAGCUGGGUUGACCAAGCAAAUAAAGCUGGACCGCUAUCUGCAACCCCACUUCCGAUAUUACAUGAGGGAGGUCCGGACCGUGGUCUACUCUCAGUUCUUGGAGUCCUACAAGAGCGUCACCAUGGAAGCAAUGGCGAGAGCUUUUGGAGUCAGCGUGGACUUUAUCGAUCUGUGAGUUUCCUUCUUUACCCGGUCUUUCCCCCCAGAUACAUUAUCGGAAUCCAUUCUGAAAAUAAUAAUAAUUAUUAUUAUUUGCAAUAAAAAGGGAAUUGUCCCGGUUCAUCGCGGCGGGGAAGCUGCACUGCAAGAUCGACAAGGUGGCGGGGGUGCUGGAGACGAACAGGCCGGACGCGAAGAACGCGCUCUACCAGGCGACCAUCAAGCAGGGGGACUUCCUCCUCAACCGCAUCCAGAAGCUCUCCCGCGUCAUCGACAUGUGA